ACCUAAACAUAUCAAACUGUAUAAAAAAAUUUAUAAACCCAGCCCUUGAGUCACUAGUAACCCAUACAAGUGAUUGAUGUGGCGUUCAAUUGAAAUAAAAAAAUGAAUAAUUUAAUAAAAGUGCUAAUCUGCUUGUUUAUUAUAAAUAUUAAGAUAUAAUUAGUAAUACAAGAUAAAUUAGGUGGUAAAAGUACGUAUUUCAUUAUAGAAGGUAUACCAUCAUAAAAUUUUCUAUGAUAACAUUUCGGAGGAUAUAAUAAAUAUGUGUAAACGUACGUUCAGAAACUACCCUUAUUGUUAGUAUACUUUAAGCAUUCUAAUAGCAGCAUAACCUUUCAAGCAGUUCAACUACGUUUCAAAUUAAAGCGUGAAAAUUUAUAUUAUACAAUAACUCUCUUAUUGCAAAUUCAACCUUUAUUUAAAGAAAGAACCAAAAAUCAAUUUCAACUUUAAAUUGUACAAAAUUAGUACUAUAUGAAUGUAUUACUGUUGUAAUUUUCCAAAAGAAUUUUAUCACACGCAAAAUAGAAUAAAACUUCAAGUUUCUAGAUAAGUUUAUAGAUCAAAAUGUCUACAAAAAAAGUUUUUUCGUUAGUCUUUAUUAGAAAAACAGUAGAAAUUUUAUUGGGCUUCAAAAAACGAGGAUUCGGAAAAGAUAAAUGGAACGGUUUUGGCGGUAAAGUGGAACCUGGAGAAUCAAUUUUUCAAGGAGCUGUGCGUGAAUUAAAAGAAGAAUGUGGUUUAUCUGCACAAAAAUUAAAAAAAGUUGGAAUUUUAGAAUUUGAAUUUGAGGGAGAUGAAGUUCUAUUAGAAGUUCAUGUUUUUGAAACAUAUGAGUAUCGUGGAAAGAUAAUAGAAUCUGAAGAAAUGCGACCAAAAUGGUAUAAUUUGAAAGAUAUUCCUUUCAAACAAAUGUGGCCGGAUGAUGAAUAUUGGUUCCCUUAUAUGUUACGAGGGGAAUUAUUCAGAGGAUAUUUUUUGUACCGAGGUCAAGACCUAAUUCUUAAGUAUAACAUUGAAACUAUGGAAGAACUACCAGCAUUAGAUUGUAUCUCAUAAUAUU